AUGACCAAUAAGCUUCUAGUGUCUUUGAAGGUACUUAUAAUCCAGUUGAAUCCUCAAAUAGGGCAAAUAGACCAAACUAUCAAAAGAACGUGGUCCAUCUUGGAUAAAGUGACGAAAAGUUCUACAUAUGUGAAGCCUGAUAUAAUUCUAUUUCCGGAGUUCGCCUUAACUGGGUACAGUUUCCAUUCUAGAAAGGAUAUCCUGCCCCAUGUCACCGGAAAAGAUGAAGGGCCCUCUUUCCAAUUGGCUAAAUCAAUAUCCGAGAAGUUCCAAUGCUAUACUAUAAUAGGGUAUCCUGAGAAAGCAGAUGAACAGAAACUAUAUAAUUCUGCCCUUGUGAUGAAUCCCCAGGGGAAGCGGAUAUUCAAUUAUAGAAAGACUUUUCUUUAUGAUACCGAGGAGAAAUGGAAUUGUGAAGAGAAUUCAGAGGGAUUUCAGGUGUUUCCCAUGAAUUUCCCAAAACGUGCCAAGCUUCCUGACGAGGACACUUUUGAAAGAGAUGUGACUCUCAAAACUUCAAUAGGCAUCUGUAUGGACUUGAGUCCUUACAAAUUCAAGGCUCCCUUCAACCAUUUCGAAUUUGCUACGUUUUGUGUGGAUAAUGACGUCGAGUUGGUCUUGUGUCCUAUGGCAUGGUUGAGUUCUACUUCUGUCACUGAUAAGCAGAUUCAGAAUAACGUCUUGUUAUUGGAAUCUGCCAAGAACAAAAUAGCGUUGAGCUUGAAGGAGCAAGGACUGCCAUUAAUUGGGUCUCAGGGUGAAUACCAGCUUAAAAUUGGCGAUUCGCAACGUACUUCCCCGGUGCCUUCUGACGACUGUACUGGCGAGUAUAAAUAUAUGGAUGUGCCAGACAUGUCGAAUGUAAAUUACUGGAUUUUGCGAUUUUUCCCCUUUCUGUACUAUAAAAGAAGAAGUCAGUGGUUUAGAGAUACGUCACUCGUAGAGAAUAUCCUGACCAGGAGUAAAAUGCCUCGAGAUCAUGAAUACUAUAAGAAUGGGAAGCAUAAAGAAGAGGCCAUGGGCGUUCUAAAUUCUAAAGGAGUGACAAAAGACGCUCUACUAGAAAAGACAUUUUUGGGAGCAUCUCUGAGACAACCUUGGAAGUUUGAAGGUAAAAAUGUCGUUUUGGCGGUGGCUAACAGAUGUGGUACUGAGGACGGGACGACGAUCUUUGCAGGAAGUUCCGGUGUCUAUAAAUUCAAUGGUAGGGAAGUCGAAGACCCUAAAGGAAGUGAGGAUAGCCCGCUUGACUCCCUAAAUGAAAGUGUAGAGCUGCUGGGUAAUUUGGGUAAAGGCUUGGAAGGUGCGAUUUUACGUGAUGUUCAGUUUGAAGUACUACGGUGA